CAAGGACCUCGGAAUCAGCAGAAACCUGGGGGUGCAUCGGAUAACGCUGCCGCUGGACCGUCGAACGUUAUGCAGCAACAGCAACGGAAUCAACAACAACCUGGAGGACGUGGACCUCCGCAACCUGGUGGGCAGCGAGGAGGAAAGCGGCCUAGUACGUCUCCUGGAGAAGAGCACGAAACAUUACCUCGAAACGAGAGCUCCCCACCAGAAAGGAAACGCGCACGGAAGAGUCCAAUGGACCAGCAACAACAACAGCAGCAUCCACAACAACAACAACAACAACCGCAACAGAAUAACAUCAACCCUCUUUACCCACCACAACAACACCACCCACAACAAGGCGGCCAGCCAGGUGGAGGGCCUCCACCGCCACCACAGUCUCUUCCGCCUCCGAUGGGGAUGUUGGGGAGGCCUGGGGGUAUGAAUGGCGGGAUGCCUCCACAUCAGGGUGGGCCGAUGAGUGGGAACCAGAUGAUGAGUAUGGUUGGGAUGGGACCGCAGAUGGGAGGGAACCCGAUGCAGAUGGUGGGGCAGGGGAUGAUCAACCAGCAGAUUCAUCAUCAGUAUGCUCAAAUGAAUCAAAUGAACCAGGCAAGGAACCACCAAUACCAACAAUCACUGCAUAACAUCCAUAAAGUUCCACCACAGCAAGGUGGCCCUCCACUCAAUAUGGGCGUUGGAGGGCCCGGUUCUCCUACUGGGGAUCCAACGUCGUUUAACCCUGGUGGAGGCCCUCCUGGCGGUCCUGGACCACAAUUCAACCCAGGUAUCGCUCCUCCAGGUAGCCGGAUGGGCCCUAACAAACCUGGUGGUUCUGGAGGCGUCAACAUGGGAAUGCUUCCGCCUCGCUCUCCAGCGAACGGGCCUCCAAAAGACGGCCAACCUGGUGGGAAGGAUGGGAAUGGCGGUAAUAAACCGAAUGGCGGGCCAGGACAGAUUACAGAUGGAUCUCCACGGAAUCAACCGAUGCCAGCUAACAACCCUGGUGGUCCUGGAGGUGCACCGACGCCCGUUCCGGGUGGUCAACCUGGUGGAAAUGGAAAUCCGCCACCUAUGCUCGUGGGUGGGAACAUGGCCGAGCCGUCUCCGUCCUCGAUGGGUGGAGGCCCCAUGGGGAAUUUGAUGCCUGACCUCGGCUCGUUCGUGACAGAUUUCGGAGGGAUGGACGAGUUUGACUUUCCUAACAUGUUUCCUCGAGGAUCAGAGGGGGACUUCAAUCUUGGGGAAUGGUUGAGCCACCCGGAUGAAUUGACGAACGUCUUGCCGAUGGAUUCUAUAAAAUAGAGGGGGAGGAGGGCAAGGGCAGAUGUGUGGAUAGGUGGUGGAUGCCGUUGUUCUUGGUAUUUGUUGGAUAAAAAGGCAUGUUGUAUGAUCAUAAUCUUUGUCGUCCUUGCUGGUUUCGUUUAUCCUUCC